AUGGAACAAGUAGACGAACUGGGAAUGCCUAAGUCCAAUAGGCUUGUGUUCCGUGUAGAAGUAGCAAGGACGAGAUGUCACUAUGGCGAGCGGAAAGGAAGAGGGCGUGGCAAAAGCAAGCAGUACAUUCAAACACUCGAGCAACGACUAAAGAAUAUCGAAGUUGCACUACAAGUCCCCCCUACAGUCAAUGAAGGUUUGAGUCAGAUUUCUGCAGACCCUGGACAUUCUCAUGAGACAUCCAAUAGCCAUAGGACAACAAUGGCCGAUCGAACUCAAUCUAUGCCGUCGAGAUGGUCGGAAGAGAUCACCAGAAACAUAUUUCAGGCUCAGAAGAACAAGAGCAACCUCGAACGAACAGUUUUCGCCCCACUUCCCCCGAAAGAGCACAUUUUACACUUUAUAUCCAGCGCCCUAGAAGACAUGUAUGAAGUACAGUCGCUCUUCAGCACUGACGAUGUUCUGAAGCUUGUCAAUGACCAGUAUUCGGCUGGGUCAUCAAACUGUCACGCCAAUCCUACUCGUUGGGCAACGCUGAACGCUCUUAUUGCCACGGGCAUUCACUGGAAGGCCGACAACAAGGCGAUAGAAGAAUUAUUCCCCGUUUCGUGGGCAUACUUCAAAAAUGCCUUUGCUAUUUUUCCAGAGAUCGUCAUGAACAGUUACGGCAUCGACUCCUGUCAAGCGAUGAUUGCUAUGGCAUUCUUAAUGAGGGGAACCGCCGACGCCCGCGCAUUCACUGUACUGCUAUCCGCGGCUGCGCAUGCUAUCCACUGUAUUGGCUUGAACUUGGAAGGUCUUUAUGGAUCGAGUGACUUGAUCGAUAUAGAAAGGCGUAGGCGGUCUUUCUGGACCAUAUACGUGCUCCGAUGCAAUGCGUCGCUCAACUUUGACCUUCCCGCCCCAUCUGAUGAUGUUAGUGUCGAGCUUCCAUCACAGGCCCUCGCAAUAGAUCCUAGUUCCAGCACACAUCUACUGGGGCAUAUGUCAACGUUGGCACUGAUUCAGUCGAGAAUAAGUCGAUGCUGUUGCCCUGGCUCAUCGCUCUCGAAGAGCAUUGAUAAAAUGUCUCAGGCUCUUGCUGAAUUAGACAAGGACCUCGAAUCAUGGAGGACAGGACUGCCUUCAGAAGUUCAGCCUACAGCAUUGGCCCAAGUGGAUAAUCUUGGCAUCAUACAGCUCCAUUUUGCCUACUAUGCUUCUACUUGGAAAAUUUAUACAGCUAUCGGGAAGAUCUAUAAUGUCCCUCUAACGUUGAUCGAACGAGAACAGCCAAAACUGCAUCUGAAUUCAGAGGUGUCUAUGAACCUCACAUGGAUUGGAAAGUUUGUUGGGUUUCUGAAAGGCUUCCAAGACCAAGAAGGAUGUGAUCUGAAAGGUCUCAUCGGCUUUUGCUCUAAGCUAUACGAUAUUGCACACUUCGCCCAGCACAAUCCAGCAGAACAGAGGGAUGGUAAUGAGAAUGAAAUAGCAGGGCUGUGGCGACAGUAUACACUACUAUUAAGCAUUACACAAGCAGCACAUCAACACCAGCCAUACUAUAGGCAUCAGUCCAGCUUAGCCAUAUACCUUGGUCCUCGGCCCCAUCAAGUAUGA